CCCUCCGACAGAAAGGAUUGAAUACAUCCAAGCUAUGGUAGGAAAUAAAAUCACGAAAAGCGCGGUUCCUCUUUCCGAACCCAACUUACGGUUCAGAUCUGUUAUUUCUCCUCCCCUCCAGUCGCUCCUAAAUUUCUAUUUAAAGCACGCCUCCCUUUUCUUUGCUUUCAGACCUCUACAAAAAAUUCUCUCUGGUGAUUAUUGAUUUGUCUGCGAACACAUUGUGAUCUGAUCGAUCAUAUCUCUCUCAAAAAUUAAACUACAAUGUCGACCGAUAAGGAGAGAGAGACUCACGUUUACAUGGCCAAGCUCGCUGAGCAGGCUGAGCGCUAUGAUGAAAUGGUUGAGAGCAUGAAAAAAGUUGCCAAACUUAAUUGUGAACUGACGGUGGAGGAGAGGAACCUCCUUUCGGUGGGAUACAAAAAUGUAAUUGGGGCUAGGCGAGCUUCUUGGCGGAUUAUGUCUUCAAUUGAGCAGAAGGAAGAAUCUAAAGGAAAUGACAGCAACGUUAAACUGAUUAAGGGUUACUGCCAGAAGGUAGAGGAUGAACUCUCCAAGAUUUGCAAUGACAUCCUGUCCAUCAUUGAUGAGUAUCUCGUCCCCUCUUCUACCUCAGGAGAAGCAACCGUGUUCUACUACAAGAUGAAAGGUGACUACUACCGCUAUCUAGCUGAGUUCAAGACUGAUCAAGAAAGGAAGGAGGCAGCCGAACUGUCAUUAAAGGGUUACGAGGCUGCUUCUGCCACUGCAAGCACUGAUCUGCCUUCAACCCACCCAAUUCGUCUUGGCCUUGCCCUUAAUUUUUCUGUUUUCUACUAUGAGAUCAUGAAUUCUCCGGAGAGGGCCUGCCAUCUAGCCAAACAAGCUUUUGAUGAGGCAAUUGCAGAGUUGGAUACUUUGAGUGAGGAAUCAUACAAGGACAGCACCUUAAUCAUGCAGUUGUUGAGAGAUAACCUCACUCUCUGGACUUCUGACUUGCCUGAAGAUGGAGGUGAUGAUAACUUCAAAGGUGAAGGAUCAAGGGAAAAGCCUGCCGAAGGAGAGCACUGAGGGAGAGUUGAGAGAACCCUGCACAUGGCAAGCGGAUGUUAAACUACUUUGCAGAAGCGGCAUCUCUUUGUUAUCUUUCCUGAAAAAGGGAUUGGAUGGAACAAUCUUGAAAGUUUUUGAUGCCAUUGAUCUUUUUGAAUCCCACCAAAAGCUGAUGAUAAGAAUGAUCAAUUGCUAUUCCUUUUAGUUCCUUUCUUUUAUUUUAAACAGAGAUUUUCGUUUUUUUUUUUUAUUAUUAUUAUUCGUUGUUCUUGCAAGCUUCGUAUCAGAAUCGGGGACUUCCUUUGUUUUACCUUCUGCUAUUUAUCCGUCCAGCUGGCCUUUUAAGUC